ACAUUCUCCUCGACAGAUGAGACGACCUUUGACGGAAGACGCCGCAAGAACGUCUUUAAGUGUCUGUUAGUAAGAACCGGCUUGAUUAAUAUAUCCAAGAGGUAAAUGUGUUGACGAGAUCAAUUGUUACACUGCCAAACACCAUCGACAUCAUUCAUCAUUCGGCACAGUACCCGUCUCUAACACUAUUAACCUUUUGCCCCACAUGGCCAUUCCGACAAGCACAGAUGGUCAUAGCAACGGAUAUCACGAUGCUGAUGUCCAUGAUGUCUGCGUUGUUGGAGCUGGCCCUGCAGGCCUCAUGUUGAGUGUUGUGUUGGCAAAGCUUGGUCUCUCAGUCAAGGUUGUCGAUGAGAGGCCCGAUCAGACAACCGUGGGUCGUGCUGACGGUAUCCAACCAAAGACCAUUGAGACGUUGCAAAUGCUGCGAAUUGGUGAUGAUCUUGUACAAACAGGUGUCAAAGUUCAUGACAUUUGCAUGUGGCGGGGUUCACCAACGGAAGGACUUCGCCGUACAGGACGUGAAGUUCACUAUCCAUCCUCAGUGGUAGACGUGCUACAUCCUUACAUCCUGUUGUGCCAUCAAGGUAUGAUGGAAGGCACCUUUAUCAACGAUCUGCGAAAAAGUGGUGUUGAAGUCACUCGCAGUCACACUUUUAGAGGCGUAGCAAACUCUUCCGAUCAUCUCCAGAUCGAAUGCGACAAAGAUGGUGAAACACGUACUGCUAUUCCGGCCAGAUACCUAGUUGGGUGUGAUGGUGCUCGCUCAGCAGUACGGAACGCCAUUCCGGGCGCUGCCUCCCAAGGGACUCCUCACAAUUCUGUUUGGGGGGUUUUGGAUGGAGAGUUAGAUACCGACUUCCCUGACAUUUGGAGCAAGACCGUCAUCUUUUCUGAGGAACACGGAUCAGUCCUUCUUAUCCCACGUGAACGGAAUAUGACCCGACUUUACAUCGAGAUGAAGAGUUCGGUCACUUCGAAGGGCCUCGGUCAGGAGUUUGUCAUGGAGCAGGCACGUCUUAUCAUGGCCCCAUACACGGUCAACUGGACAUCAGUGGAGUGGUUUGGCAACUAUCAAGUAUCUCAACGCUUCGCAACGCGGUUCUUGGACCCGACUCAGCGGAUAUUCAUCGCUGGAGAUGCCAGUCAUACGCACAGUCCAAAGGCUGCACAGGGAAUGAACACCAGUGUCCAUGACUCUUGGAACUUGGGCUGGAAGCUCAACCUUGCCGCACGUAACUUUGCCAAGGACGGUGUUCUUCUACAAUCUUACGAGCAAGAACGAAAGAAGAUUGCCGAAGAUCUCAUCAACUUUGACCUUGAACACGCCAAUGAGAUCGCUGGAGGUGACUCCAAGAGACUCGCUGAGAAUUUCCGAAAGAACACACGCUUCAUCUCUGGAGUGGGGGUCGAGUAUGGUCCCAAUGAGCUGAACCAUUCUCUAGAUGCCGCUCCUAGUGGCGAUGCUAAACCAGGCUGCAAUCUCCCGCAAGCAAAGGUUACGCGCUACAUAGAUGCUUGCCCAGUUGAUGUUCAGCUCGAUGUCCCGAUUCUCGGUCAGUUCCGAGUCUAUGUAGUCGCUCCGAAUCUUACAGGGCAUCAAGAGAGUGGCUUCAUCAAAGCCUUUGAUGAGUCUAUCUCAACCCCAACCUCGUUUGUAUUCCAGCUUGGCAAGUCAGCGCAGGCUUCAUACCAGGAGAAGCCUCGUGCCAGCCGAGCCGAUGAUGUUUACGUGCGACCAGAACGGUACACAACAGUUAAUCAAUUAAUCACAUUUGCUCUUCUCACCUCUACAGAUAAGAAUGAGUUUGAGCUCUCAGACUUGCCUCCCACAUUUUCCAGGAGUAGGUGGACGGUGUAUCUGGAUGACGCGGCACACUUGGAUACCAAGCGAAUCUCGUGCACAGAGAAGUGGCUUGGCUCUGUCGAUAGUGGAGAGGUCUCAAUUCUUGUGGUAAGACCAGAUGGCUAUGUCGGUGCCAUUCGGCGUAUCAAGAAUGCUAGUGUCGAGGAUGGCGCAGCGGCGGCGAGUUGGCUCGAUUCGUACUUUGGAGGCUUUUUGCAGAUUCCCUCUGUUUAAACGUGGAUGUGAUGGGAAGGGACUUGAUGGAAAGCCUGUAUGAAUCAUUUUGUGCUAUGAGGCAACAUUGGAACGAAGUUAGGCGCCUGAAACUUCACUGUCUAGGUUGAGACGAUGCGCAAUAAUCACAGGAUCAGACUGCAAG